CGAUCCCGCACACCAAGGACAACCAGAAGCCAAUCUGCAGAGAUCCGUGACCGUUUUGGCUCAAGGCUGUUUCUCUUCCGAGCGCCGUUGACUCGAGCAUACGAUUUCCGCGCGUCUUCCCCCUCGCAAGAUGUACCGCAGUCUCCGCCCGGCCGCCCUGAACAUGGCCGCCGUCCCUGGCCUGCACCUGUCGACGGCCAAGAGCCAGGCGAGGCCCAGGGGCUACAAGAGCUUCCGGCCCGCUCCCCUGGACAUGGCCCUGGUACCUGGGGUGCACCAUUCGACGGCCAACGGCAGGUGGUUGUCGAUGCCGGACGAGGACGCCCACGCGUGCUCGCCGAAGCACUGCGACCCGAAGGCCGUCGACGACUCGGUGGACACCUGCAGCACGGCGGCCGACGGCGAGAGCCUCGCGUCCUUCGGCGAGGACGUGGCCUCUGACCCCUGCGAGUCCGACAGCGAGCCCAGCUCGCCGUUCGCUAGCGCGCUGCUCAAGAGGCCCGAGGCCCGCGAGCCCCUAUCGCCGUUCAGCCAGAUGCUGCAGGCCAAGCGCCAGAGCGCAGCGCGGCAGGCGGCGGAGCCCCUCUCGCCGUUCAGCAUGGCGCAGCGCCAGCGCGCCCUCGCCCGCUGCUUCUAGAGUCCCCCUGCCGUGCCGCAGGGCGUCGCGUGCCCGACGCCCGUCGGGGUUUCGCACGCUCAGAGGCUCGCGCAGGGCUCAGCGGCACGGCCGCUGCAGCCCGGCAGGUGUUUCGGGGGUGGGGGAGGG